AUGAAAAUCUUAAGUUGGAACUGCCGAGGGUUGGGGAACCCUCAGACAGUUCAAGAUCUCUGCAAUAUAGCAGAGAAGAAUAAAUUCAAUUUGGUUUUCAUUAUGGAAACUAAGCUUAGAAGUAAGAGAUUCGAAGGUUUGAAGAGGAGGUUGCAUUGUGAGGGCUGUUUUAUUGUGGACUCAGUUGGGAAAGGGGGUGGAAUGAUUCCAUUAUGGGAUGCUAAUGUGGGAAUUGAGGUUGUAAAUUUCUCUCAAAGGCACAUUAAUACUUGGGUUAAAGAUGGAGAAGUGGAAAAGAAAUGGUUGAUUACUUGCUUAUAUGGGCAUCCUGAAACUACUAAGAGGAAGGCCACUUGGGACUUGAUGAAAUCCUUUAAGCCUCAGGAGCAUGAUGGGUGGUGCAUAGUGAGAGAUUUUAAUGAAAUCCUAGUUAAUGAUGAGAAGCUUGGGGGCAGAGCAAGACCUAAAGGGCAAAUGGAAUUAUUCAUGGAAGUUUUUCAUGAAGGGAAUCUUUAUGACUUAGGGUGGCAGGGUGACAAGUAUACAUGGAGCAAUUUGCAUGGACAUGAAACUUUCACCAAGGAAAGAUUAGACAGGGUUGUUGCCAAUCCUGUUUUGAUAGAAUUUUAUAAGGAAGCAUGGGUGGAAGUGAUGGUGGCCAGUACAUCUGAUCAUAAGCCUUUGCUAGUCCAUUUAAAAAAGUACAAGGUGUUGGAAGGGGACAUUAGAAAAGCUUUUAAAUAUGAAGCCAACUGGGCUUUGGAGGAGGAGUGUGAACUUAUCUUAAAGAAAGCAUGGAAGCAAGAAGUGCUUGAAAGGAAUCAGUCUAGCAAGAUGGUGGAGUUACUAAACAGAAGCAAAGAAGUUCUACAAAAGUGGAAUAAGUAG